AUGACGGUCAACCGCAAUGCCGCCGUCCGCGCCAUCCCCGCAGUAUUUCUGGCUGUAACUUCAAUCACGGUCCUGCUCCGUUGCUAUGUCCGCCUAAGGCUGGUGAAGGCGUUUGGGUGGGAUGAUGGCCUCAUGGUCCUCGCCAUGGCAGUCUAUGCCAUGUUCUGUGGCGUCAUGAUUGGAGGUAGUUUAUACGGCACAGGAAAACAUUUCGCUGACUUGACUGCAAGCCACCGAGUUACUGCAAUGGAGUACUGGUGGCUCUGCGAGAUUGGAUACUGCUUCUCGUCCAUCUUCUGCAAAUGUUCGAUAUGCAUCUUUCUGGCUCGCAUAACCAUCAAGCGACCGCAUCUCGCAUUUCUCUACAUCAUCAUGACAUGCACCGUCCUCAUCGGUCUUGUCCUAAUGUUUGCCCUCUUGCUGCAAUGUCGUCCUGUCUCUUAUUUCUGGACCAGGGUGGCCUUUGAUCCCAAUGAUGAGGGGACCUGCGUGAACACUGAAGUGGUUAUUGCCCUGACCUAUGCGUACAGCGGAGUUGCCGCGUGCUGUGAUCUAGCGGUUGGGAUUGUUCCUUUCUUCAUUAUUCGGGGGUUGAACAUGCCGUGGCGGAGAAAAGUGGCGGCGAUUGGCAUCUGCAGUAUCAGUUGCAUUGCCUGCUGUGCGGUGAUUGUUCGCAUUCCGUAUGUGCCCACAUUUGCCGACCAGGACUUCCUUUACGCGACUUAUGAGGUGGCUGUCUGGUCCAAUGUUGAGGUUGGCCUGGGGAUCUUUGCGGGUAGUCUGGCCACCCUGCACCCCUUACUGAAGCUUCUUCGUACCGCUUUCAUCCAACCUGGGUUGAAGCGGUUAAGCUCACGCAGCUCGUCGGGGCCCACGGCUCCGAAGCCCGACUUUGUUUCUGUAUCUUCUUACCCGUCACCGUCCGUGUCUUUAUUCCGCCCGGGCAACGUGAUGAAUACGACCACCACCAUCCAGGCAGACGGGGAAUGGGUGGCCGACCCUGAGUCUUGUUCCCCCCGAGCCAGCCGCGACACUGGCAUGCGUACAAAUGACAUUCUCAUCCAACAGACGUUUAACCUGAACACCGGGUGGGAAUCCAGGAACAGCAGUGUUGCAUGA